CAGUUCUCUCUGAGGAACAAUUAAGGUGUCUUCUGGAUGAAUGCACACUCACACGAAAGUCCAUGAAUAGACUUCCUUCAGAAAGAGAAAAGGAAGACAUUGAGGAUAUAACACCUGAGGUCCCUCAUCUUUCCAGAUCUAUCCUCUCUGAGCUCCUAAAUGGAUUAGAAACAAAGGUCGAAAGCACAGAGGUUAAAGAUGCAGAUAUACCCGAGAAUGCGGAAUGUGAGACAAGUAGAGGCCACUAUCUCACCAAAGCCUUGACUGGGCAUUACAUGUCCCAGGCUCUUGUCAUCGAAGCAGAGAAUUUGAAAUGCCUCCAAUUUUCUGAGGACGAGGUUAUUACUGACACAAAAGACUACUUUAUGUCAAAGACUCUUGGCAUUGGAAGACUGAAAAGGCCCUCUUUCUUGGAUGAUCCAUCGGAUGGCAUCAAUGUGAGCCUUUCAUCUGAAGACCAACAUCUGAAAGUCAGCCCUCCAGAGAAACCAGAAACGGGUGAACAGGAGACUGAAGAUGUGACGGAAGAAUGGAAAGAAUCUUAAGCAAAGACUUGCUGGGUGUGCUUUUAAGAAAGUUGGUAAAUUCAAUUACAUAAUUUUUUUCUGAAUUCAUAUAUUCAGUGACUGCAUUUAUAGGGACCAUUCCUCAAAUAAUGAUUUUAAUAUUUGGAUUUUCUCUACCUGGAUUCUAUUUCUUUGAUAUUUUUGAGACUUGGGAUACAAUUGGUCAGUGGUUUUUUUUUUCCAUUGAAAUUCCUGGUAAAAUUGUGUUUUAUUGCCAAUUUUGUAACAUCAGGGAUACAUUAUAGAAACCAACAUUUUAUGUAUGUGCGUGCUAUGUUAAAACUAGUUGAAGUGCUAUGAUGACUUUAUGUUUGAUUUUAUGUGUUACAACUUCAUUGGGAUUCAGACAGAUUUAAUCACUAUGAAUUCUUACUUGGGCCCUGAUUUUUCCAGCUUUCCUCCUCUCUAAUGCUUGGUGGCAAGUACAACGCACCACAGGAAAAAAAUGAAUUUUCUCAACAAAGCAAUGUUAGCAUAGACUUUGCUUUCUUUUCUUUUUUCUUUUCUUUUUUUUUAAAGAUUUUAUUUAUUUAUUUGACAGAGAGAGUUAGAGCAGGAACACAAGCAGGGGGAGCAGAAGAGGGAGAAACAGGCUUCCCACCGAGCAGGGAGCCCGAUGCAGGGCUUGAUCCCACAACCCUGGGAUCAUGACCGGAGCUGAAGGCAGACGCUUAAUGGCUGAGCCACCCAGGCGCCCCUAGACUUUGCUUUCUUAUUGGCAAUGCUACUUGGCUUAAACAGGAGUUUAAACAAUUACCUGAUUUUUUAAAAAUUUAUUUGAUAGAGAACGAGAGAGAGAGAGGGAGAGAGCACAAGGAGGCAGAGAGGCAGGUAGAGAGGCAGGCAGAGGGAGAGGGAGAGGCAGGCUUCCUGCUGAGCAGGGAGCCUGACGCGGGACUCGGUCCCAGGACCCUGGGACCAUGACCCGAGCCGAAGAGACGCUCAACUGACUGAGCCACCCAGGUGCCCCUGAAUUACUUGAUUUUUAUUAUCAGUUAUCAUUUUUCAGAAUGCAGCAACUAUAUCAUCCUGUU